AUGCUGACUGCAGACCCUAGCUCUAGCAGGCUGCUUCCACCAAAACCAAGCAUCAGAUCAGACACCCCAUCGCUUUCGUGUCUUCUGUGUAGAACGAGAACAAGAUGCUGGAUUGCAUGUGCCUUGGCGACCCAGUGCUACGGCAUCAAUACUCGACCCACCAGCAAGUCUACGUCAAACGUCCCGUAG